ACGUCAUCUCCAUGCCCUAGCACAAUCGCCGGUGAUUUCAGUUAUACUAGUUCCGACUUCAACAGCUUAGAGUGAUUUCAUUCCGCUUUCAACACGUUCGAAAAACGAUCAGAAAAAACCAACAGAUCAAGGCAAGUCUACUAGCUCUUCAUCGUUUUCGGAUUUGCUGGAUAAACUUCUGUCGGCGAUUCUCCUACUCAAUUACAGAAACGAACGCAAUUUCACAAACAAUCACAUUCUUUUGGGUUCGAUUCUUUUGAGGAAUGUAUUAUAAUAUUUAGUGGAAUAUAUAGGAUUAAUAAACCGACUCAAACCACAAACAAUCACACUCGUAAAUAUUAAAGAGGGCAAAUCUACUUCAGCAGUCUUUUCCUUUCGUUUUUCCUCCUCUCGUCUUGAUAUUUCUGCACCUCUGGUGUUACCCUUGAUAUAUAAUUUAUUUUAGAUGUAGACAGCGGGCAUGAGUAUCGAUUACUUAUUGGAGAUCUUGUAUUGUAAAGCAGACAUCAUGUUAGAUAUAAUAAGGGAUUUAUGACUCUAGUAUUAAGGUAGAGCAUAUUUAGUAUUAUUGAGCAUGAACAUGUUUGAUUAUUCAUUAAAAUAUAUUUGUUUUCUAGUUCAAUUAUUUGUAUCUUGGUUUGAAGCAACCACUUCCAAUUCCCUUUAAUAUUGUGUUAGAUUUGUAUUAAAUUAAGCAAGAAAAUCUAUUUGGUUUUGCAGCCUUAGAGAAAGUCAAGUCAUCAAGAGAAGAGAUGAAAGGUAAAGGUAAAGGCAAGAGGAGGGAUAGAAUUAGCGCACUUCCUCAGGACACAAUUGAGAAAAUUCUUACUUAUAUGCCAAUCCGAGAUGCAGUGAGGACAAGCAUCUUAUCAAGGAAAUGGAGGUAUUAUUGGACAAGCAUGCCGAAACUUGCAUUUGAUGUGAACGUGAAUCGGGAUGCUAUGGUUGCAUCAUCUAUGGUUGUAUUAUCUGGAAACGAAGAAGUCGAUAUAUAUAAGUUUGUCAAUGCCGUCUUCCACGUUUUGUUGUUACGCAGGGCUCCAAUAUUGGAAUUCAGUUUCCAUGUUAUUAUAGAAACUGAAAUUUAUAGUGAGAUUGAUCAGAUAAUACUUCACCUUUCAAAGGACAAUAAUAUCAAGAAGUUCAUCUUCAAGAUUUUGGGAAUUGACAGCUACUUGUUACCCCGUUCCUUCUUUUCAUUGCAAGGAUUAGAGCACCUAGAUCUCUCGUAUUGUAUUUUUGAGUUUCCAUUAAUGAAUAAGGGAUUUAGUAGGUUGAAGAACCUACGCUUUUGUGAGGUUGAUAUCACUCACAAGAUGCUUUUUCGAUUCCUUACCAAUUGCCCCCUCCUUGAGGAAUUUACUUGGGCUAGAGACUAUAGAAGUACAGUGCUUACCGAGUGUGAUUUGGUUAAGCUUUUUAAGUGUUUACCUUUAGUUCAGGUUCUGAAAAUCCACAAGUUGUAUAUCAAGGACUUGGGUGCAGGUAGUAGUAGUAUGCCACAUAAGCUCCCCAUUUCACUACCCCACUUGAAAGUACUUGUUCUUGGUGUGUGUUUCCUUGAGCUUUCGACUGUUCUAUGUGUGAUCAAUAGCUCUCCAAAUAUGGAGAAGAUCAAAGUGGAGAUUUGUUGGGACCAUGAUCGGCAGUGUAGUCUACAAACUUUCAAUAACUUGCCUGAUAUUCAAGAAGACUACUUGGGCAUCAACUUGGAUCAUCUUAAAGAGCUGGAGAUAACAAACUUCCAUAACCAUGUUCUUGAGAUGGAGUUUGUGAAGCUCAUCAUGGUUAAGUCACCUGUGCUAAAGAAAGCACGGAUAGAGCUUCAUUCUCAUGUUUCUGUUAAUGAAGAAGUAAAGAUGCUUCGAUGUUUGCUGCACAUGCCAAUACCACGUGCAUCACCAGCAGCGAGCUUCACCAUUGAACGUCGUAAAUAUUGAUUAGCUGUAAAUGCAUAGAAAGUUGAAGUGAUUUUAGGUUAAUUGUGUCAAAGAUUUUUUGUUACUGUCUAAGAUUUUUUUUUUUUUUGGAAUGGCUAUGUUAGUACUUGCCUGGGAUUGAACCCAGGACCUCCUGGUUAGAAACUCCUAGUUAGACAUCAUAUUAACCAAGUGGGCUAGCCCAACUUGUUUUUUUAGGUUGAUUAUGAGUACUGCUACUUUUUACUCUUUUA